AAGCGUUAAGUUUCUCCUUUCUGAGUCAGUGCUGCGCGGUCCACCUUUCUCCACCUUCCGGUGUGGGCGUCACUACGAACCUUAAAUCCCAGCAGCCGGCCCUCCGCCCCGCGUAAAUCCAGACGUCGCCGUUACAGGAUAGACCUCUAAAGACUCAUGUUGUCUGAGGAAGAAGCCCUUAAGAGGCGAAAGAGGAAAGAACUGGAGUCUGCAAUGGCUCUUUCUCAGAAACAGUUGACGUUCAAGGAUGUGGCCAUAGAAUUCACUCAGGAGAAGUGGGAAUGCCUGGACCCUGCUCAGAGGGCCUUGUACAGGGACAUGAUGGUGGAGACCUACAGGAACCUGCUCUCCCUGGGAACCAGCCAGAUGGGAAUACUCCAGAUUCCCAGCCUCAGUGUCAUCCUCAGUUGUCCUCAGUGAUCACUGGGUACAAUGACCGUUA